ACUCGCGGUGGUAGCCGGGACGUCGGCGGUCUGUGUGCUGAGGAUAGGUGCAUGUCCCCAGUGUCCGCUCCACUUGCCCGAUAAGGAAUGCGUCUUGCGAAGUCGCUUAGUGGUUUACCAACUGAUAAAACUCCAGCGGAGACCCUGGUAUAAAAGGAGUCAUGUUUUGGCGUCGCUUCUACUGUUCUUAUUCAAGCGUACGAACCUAAUUCACUGAGCUAGCUUGUUAGCCCGCUUCGUUGAUUCAUAGCGCGCUAGCCUGCUAGCUUGGAGUGUGCUGCUGGCCCAUCCAGUUCACCAGGAGACGAGCUCGAUUCACUGCAAAACAGCCGGUGUUCGGGAAGUAGGUGGCGGCGACAGGCGGGGGGCCGGGAGAACGCGACGGGGUGGAAGUGAGUCAGGAGCGGCUGAUGAGUUCAGACCAGAGCGGAGAGCCACCGCUGCUGCAGGAGGAGGCUGAUCCCGGACCGAAGAGCGGUGGGAAGGACGAGGCUCCGCUGGGGAGCGAGGGAGGGUCAGGCGGCAUGGUCACCUCGAACGGUGCUGGUUUGAACCCAAAUGCCAAGGUGUGGCAGGAGAUCCCUGUGGCCCCCAGCGAGGCUGUUACCAGUCCUCAUUGGCCUCCCUCAGACAUCAGUUAUUCAGAGACUCCAUCAGCUGGUUGUAAGCAGUACACUGUGGGAUUUACCACCCUGGGUGACAGCAGCUCCACAGCAACAGCUGAGAUAGCAGUAAAUGGAAUGGACCCUCAAGAGCUGGGCUUUUCCCCUGCAGAGUCCACGACGGGGAGCUCUGAUUCCAAAACUGAAGAGCAAGUCUCCUCUGAAAACCUACGAGAGUCUCUGAAGAAAGAACUGGAGUUUUAUUUCUCAAGAGAAAAUCUCUCCAAGGAUUUAUACCUCAUGUCCCAGAUGGACAGCGACCAGUUUGUCCCCAUUUGGACUAUAGCCAGCAUGGAGGGCAUAAAGGUCCUCACCACGGACAUGGAGCUCAUCCUGGAUGUGUUGAGAUCUUCUCCAAUGGUACAAGUUGAUGAAAAAGGGGAAAAAGUGCGACCCAAUCACAAACGAUGCAUCAUCAUCCUGAGAGAGGUGCCUGAAACUACACCUGUUGAGGAAGUUGAGUCGUUGUUUAAAAACGACAAUUGUCCAAAGGUGAUAAGUGUUGAGUUUGCACACAACAACAACUGGUACAUCACAUUCCAAUCGGACACAGAUGCUCAGCAGGCAUACAGGUACUUAAGGGAAGAAGUCAAAACAUUUCAGGGAAAACCCAUUAUGGCAAGGAUAAAGGCCAUAAACACAUUCUUUGCAAAGAAUGGUUACCGUAGCAUGGACAGCAGCUUAUACGCUCAGCAGUCCCAGAACCAAUCCCAGUACAGCUCUCCACUCUACAUGCAGCACGUCUACCCCCAGCAGCAGUACCCAGUCUACGGCAUUGUACCUCCUACCUGGACCCCUUCACCCACACCUUAUUUUGAAACUCCUCUGGCACCUUUUCCUAACAGCAGCUUUGUGAAUGGAUUUGGCUCUGCAGGACACUACAAAGCUGGCUCCACUGCUCUUAACCUAACUCGCCCAUUCAACAGAAACCGUGUCCCUCUGUACUCAAGAAAGAAUGUAAUAAAUGCCUUCAGAAACCACGUAAAGCCCCAAGUCAGGACGAGUGAGGUGACUGCAGCCUCAAUAACACCUGUUUCACUGGAGAGUCUGGCUGCACUGCGCAGCCCACAGCCGCCUAUUGUCGGUGUUGGAGCCCCCAUCACCACUAACCCCAAUCAGACAACUGCUGACAUUACUUCAGCCUUCUCGCAGCUCUCCUCUUCUUCGUCAUCUUUGGAUCCUAGUGAUGACAGCAGCAUCGCUGGACGUGGAAGACGGAGCACAACCUACAGAGGAACACGAAGAAGGCGAGAAGAUGAGCGGAACGCGAGGCCUGUCCCUUUAGCCGACGUGAAGGUUUCUCCUCCCAAGUUUGACUUGGCUGCCAACAACUUCCCGCCUCUUCCUGGCUGUGUGGUCAGCACGCAGGGAGAGCCUGUGCUAGAAAACCGAAUGUCUGAUGUAGUGCGAGGUUUGUACAAGACGGAGCAGACCAGUAAAGAAACCACUGUUAGUCCAGGAUCAGCCCAAACCCAUCCCAGUGAGGAUGCUGUGGCUGUCUCAAGUCCUGCUCUGACCACCCCAAAAUCCACUUCGCAACCACUUGGUUCUCUGGCCUCCCGUAUAACUCCUCAAGAGAAGAGAGUCGAGCGGGCCGAACCCCCAGUGUCCAAAGCAACUCAGCGUACACCAGUUCAAACUACUUUGAACUCCUCUUCCUCACAGCCUACGUCUUGCUCACGACCUCAGCCAUCUGCUGCUUCCACAGCUGGGACCACCAGCACACCAGCCCCCUCUACAGCCACUAUUUCCACUCCAACACAGGAACCCCGUAAACUCAGCUACGCCGAAGUGUGCCAACGGCCACCCAAAGACCCUCCCCCAGCAGCCCCUGCCCAGGCUCCCUCUGCCGCAGCGUCUGGCCAACCAUUACGUGAGCUGCGCGUGAACAAGGCCGAGGAGCUGGCCUCCAGCAGCAGCAGCAGCCCAGGAGAUAAGCAGGAGAGAGGCCACGACAAGGAGGGGGGAUGGGAAUGCAAGGAGAGCCGACCGCCGCGUGAACGUGACUCUCAAGGUUACCAUCGCAGCAACGGGCCCAGAGGCCCGGGGGGGCUCAAGUUCCGGGACCAACGGCGCCCGCCCCCGGCUCGAAGAGGCUCCCCUCAGGGAGGCUACAGACACACUGGCAAAGAGCAGAAUAUACCACCAGUUUCGCCAAAGUAAAAACUUGAUAUGACUAGAAAAAAUAUGUAUGAAUAUAUAUACAUGGAGAUAUAUAUAUAAAUAUAUAUAUAAAACUAUAUAAAGAUAAAUAAAAUAAAAAGCAACAACUUUAUGGUAGCCACCUUCCCCCCUCCCUGAGCGGAGACUGUCCAAUGAAAAGCUUUUAAAAUGACUAACAUCCAGGACUUGAGGGCAGAGUGACGCCUGAUGAACUCUUAGAAGUGGUUCUAAAAGGGACCUGGCUCUCGCUUUGGCCUCCAGCGUUACGCUUAACACCAUAUAAGUGCGAUUUAUCAGGAGGCUGUGCUUAUGCUCUGCUUGGGGGAAGGUGGGAUGCUGGGCCACAUUAAACGGCCCUCUACCUAUUUUUUUUUUUUUUUUGAAAAUAGAUGUUGGUCUGCAAGAACAAUGUGCACUAAGAGGAAAACAUGCAUAUAUGUCAUACAUGUACAAAGAUAUCACUAACACGCAAAGAGACAUCAGUUUUUGUUUUCCCCCGUGUGCUUAGGUUCGCAAGUAUGACUGAAGGGUCGAACGAUGUCUACGUGUGCAUUGAUUGUCAGGCAAAAUGAUUGAAGUGCUGCAGUUGCACCGAUUUUUAUGAAAUGGAUAACUUGAUUUUUCCAGCAGAGAUCCUGAAUCGUUGUCCAGAAAAAAAAGACGGAGUCUUCUAUUUGUAAAUUAACGAAACUGUGUUAAACAGUGGUGUUAUGAAUCUGAGUCAUUAUCAGUUUCAGAAACUGUUCCUGUACACCUCGGUCACCUUUGUGAUUUUGUUUGAAACUGAAAUAGAGGUUUUAGGAGGGGGGGUGGUCAUGAACCUGGUCCAAAGUUUUUCAUGUUAUUUUGUUAAUCAGAACCAUUUGUUGAUCUAUCCACUGCAGUGGAUUCAGAACUGCAUUGUUAAUCAGUCAGGUUCUCUGUUUACAUCUCUGUUUUUUUGUUUUUGGGGGGUAGAGAAUCUAUAUGUCGAUGGUAAGAUUUGACUGUUAAGUGUGCCUGUUGGUUCAAGUGACGUUUGGCUUUUCUACAUUAUCACAGGAUAUUCAGGUUAAGCUUAUAUCUGUGAAUUGUUCCUAAUGGUGACAAAGUUUUAAGAAAAGAGGCUAAGGAGUGCUGUUAAGGUUGAUAGCUACAAAAUAUCUGGCAGCGAAGUUGUGGAAAAUGAGAAACUUUUCCUCAUGCUAUGUGCCAGCUGCCUGCGAUCAUAGUUCUAGGAUAACGUUUCUGAUUUUUAUUGAGAUAGGC